AUGGCUGAAGAGGAAUCUGUGAAAAUGAUUCGGGAGUUAGAAAGAGAGGAGGAUUUGAUUGCUGCAGCUAGGCAUAUUGUGGAAGCUUUAGGUUCGAAUAAGAAUCUUACUAGCGAUACUAAGAAGAUUUUGGCGGAUCUUGGAUCGCGGUUGUCUUCGAUGAACAUUGAGAAUGAGAAGGAGGAGAGGAUGAUAGGGAAAAACGAGAGUGAUAUCGAUGACGAAGAGGCGGUGAAUGAGGGGGAGGAGGAGGAAGAGGGUGUUGGUGUUAUUGAAAAACGAAUUGGUUUGAUUCAGGAGAAGAUAAUGAAAUGGGAGGAAGAUGAGUCAAUGAUUUGGGAUUCGGGACCUGAGGAAGCGUCUGAGUAUUUGAACGCGGCUAAUGAAGCGCGGAUAUUGAUUGAGAAGUUGGAGAGUAUGCAUUUGAGUAAAGAGGAUCAAGAGUAUAAGUUUUUGCAAAGGGCUCAUAGUGUUCUUCAGACGGCUAUGACGCGGCUUGAAGAAGAGUUUAGCCAUUUGCUUAUCCAGAAUAGGCAACCUUUUGAGCCUGAGUAUGUCUCUUUUCGGUCAAGCGAGGAAGAUGCUGCUGAUGGGAAUUCGUUUGUCUCUUUAGGUGAUGAUUCGUUUGAGGAAUCACUUCGAAGAGAUAGUGUUAGUCGAGCCGCUGAAGAGCAUGUCAUUGAUUUAGUUCAUCCGGACGUAAUCCCCGAUCUGAGGUGUAUUGCGAGUUUGCUUUUUGCUUCGAAUUAUGCGAAGGAAUGUUCGCAAGUUUAUACCAUCGUUCGGAGAGAUGCUUUGGACGAGUGUUUGUUCAUUCUUGAAAUGGAAAGGCUUAGUAUUGAAGAUGUGUUGAAAAUGGAAUGGAAUACUUUGAAUUCGAAGAUCAAACGAUGGAUUUGGGCUGUGAAAAUCUUUGUUCGGGUUUACCUUGCGAGUGAAAGGUGGCUUAGCGACCAGAUUUUCGGAGAAGGCGAGCCUGCGAGCCAAGUUUCUUUUGUCGAUGCAUCGAAAGCUUCAAUUUUGCAGCUUCUGAAUUUCGGCGAAGCGAUGUCUAUUGGUCCUCACAAGCCCGAAAAAUUGUUUCGAAUUCUCAACAUGUAUGAAGUUCUUGCUGGCCUUAUGCCAGACAUCGAUGCUUUGUAUCCGGACGAGGCUGGCUCCUCGGUUAAAUUUGAAUGUCACGAGGUUCUAGACAGAUUGGGAGAUUGCGUGAGGAUAACUUUUCUCGAAUUCAAAAGUGUGGUUGAUUCGAAUCCGUCAGUAACACCUUUAGUUGGUGGCGGAAUACAUCCUUUGGCGAGGUACGUUAUGAAUUAUCUUCGGACUCUUGCCGAUUACGGCGAAGCGCUGAAUCAUCUUCUCAAAGACCAAGAAGAAGAGGAUGCCAUUUCGUCGUCACCCGACACAAGUCCAGGUACCGAAGAAGACAACAAAAGCCAUGAAUCUCCCGGUAGAUUUCCAUCGAUGGCGCGACAAUUCUUAUCGUUCGCCUCCGUCUUGGAAAACAAUCUCGAGGAGAAAUCAAAAUCAUACAAAGAAACCUCAUUGCAGCACUUGUUCUUAAUGAACAACCUUCAUUACAUGGCUGAAAAGGUCAAAGGAUCUGAACUUCGGAUCAUAUUCGGCGACGAAUGGAUUCGAAAACACAACUGGAAGUUUCAGCAGCACGCGAUGAAAUACGAGAGAGCCUCUUGGAGUUCAAUUCUCAGCUUACUUAAAGACGAAGGAAUCCACGCGCCCGGUUCAAAUUCCGUCUCGAAAACUCUUCUAAAAGAGAAGCUACGAAGCUUCUACCUCGGUUUCGAAGACAUUUACAGAAUCCAAACAGGUUGGUCAAUUCCGGAUGUUCAGCUUCGCGAAGACUUGCGGAUUUCGAUAUCUCAAAACUUGAUUCAAGCUUACAGGACAUUUGUUGGAAGGCAUAAUAGUCACAUUAGUGACAGGAAUAUUAGAUACACUGCUGAUGAUUUAGAGAAUUAUCUUUUGGAUUUCUUUGAAAAUUCUCAGAAGUUGUUGCAAAAUCCUCUUAGGAGGUGA